AUGAAACCAUUUCUCAAAGAUGAUGAUUUCUUCCUAACUUCAACAAACGUCAAAAACUACCCAAAACAUCCUCAGCCUUUAGAUUCAAAUUUAGAAGAUUUUAUCAAGCUUCGUCAAGCCCAAACUCUUGUUGAGUCAACAGGUUUUGAAUUAAGUCAUAGUUCAUUAAGCAACUCUUUAUCUCAAUCUAAGCUUGACAAAAUCCAUCAAAAAUUAUCAUCAAAACUCUCAAGAACGCUUAAAGCAAAAUUCCUCACUCCCCCUAGCCUUUAAAUUUUUGAACAAAAUAUCGAUAAAAUUUUCAUUUUUGGAUAUUUUAACCCACUUUAAAUUGGAAAAUUUAAUUUUAAAUUGAAAAACUUUAUAAGUGAAAAAAUUAAUUUUGACUUAAUUUAAUGCAAAAAGUGAAAGUAAAAUAUAUUUAAACAGUUUUCACACUGAAUUGAUAAAUUUUUAAAUUAGUUCUUCAUAAAAAUGAAUGAAAUUCCAAGUAUUGCAUUCAAUUUUUAUUUUUUAAAUUUUGGUUAUAGAGAAAAUUUAAUAUAAUUAAUUUACAUAAAAAUUAGCCCUCCUUUAAAUUGGAAUAAGAUUUGUAGAGCUGAUGAAUAAAAAAUAUAAGGAGAAAUUUGAAGAUGUUGAUAUGGAAAUAAAAAGAUUUAUUUAUUCGAUUAUGAGAAAAAGAGAGAAAUGCUGCUCAUGCAGCGAUAGAUAGAUUAAUUAUAAUAAUAAAUUGGAAUAGAAAAUUUGUUCCAAUUUAAAAGAGUUAAAGAAAAAUCUCAAGAAUUAUUAGAAAGUGAGCCAAUAUUAAAACAUCGCUAUGAAAAACUAAAAGAAAAAGUUUCUAUUACUUCAGUCAAAGGACAAUAUAACAAAAUCCCUAUAAAACCGGGGUUUUCUUUUUUUGACUGUCUAAUUAAAGCUCCAAAAGCAGACAUAACUGAGCUCAACCAAAAUAUCCCAGAAAGUUUAUAUUACACUGAUAGGCUAUAUUUUCUUUUUACAAAUCCAAAUGGAAAAGUCCAAUGUACAACAGAUAUAAUUAAUUACAAAUUUAUGCAGAUUGUGGAAAAAUACAGAAAAGAUUCUGAGGAUUUAGACAUUUUUGACCACAUCGCUGCAAUUAUGAGAGGAAGAGACGAACAAAUCCAAAACAUGCAAAAAUUUUUAUUUGAUUGAAAUCAAUUUAAAGUUAAAAUGAUAGGAAAUGAAACAAAUCCUGGAAGUCUAAUGCAGAGAUAUAUAAAAGUUCCUGGUGGAAAACCUUCUGUUACAAGACUGCAUUAUUUUUCACACAUUAAAGGAAAUAAAGCAAAUUUUGCUUACUUCGCAAAACGGCUUGAUAUUGAAGAAGAAAUUACAGAGUCAAAUAUACAAAAAUGUGCAGUCAAUAUGGACAAGCCUGAGACCUUAGAAAUCUAUAAAAUUUCUGGGCCAGCUUUAAAACCGUUCGAAAAAGAAGCAAAAAAUCUUGUUACUUAUUUAAAUAAAGGCUAUAACUUAAGAAUACAAGAAAUAAUCCUAGAUUAUUUAAGGGAUUCUAAUGGAGUUGUGUGGCUUUGUGGCUGUAAAAGCAUAAAAAUAGACGAGAGUACUUUAGCGAACAGCCUGCAGCCAGUUGAAGAAUGGUGGCCGAAUUCACAAAAAAAUAAACCCGUUAAUAGUGAAGAAUUAGAAGAAAAGAAAAAAGGGUUAAUAAGUUUUGUCCAUUGCAAAUUAUGCAGGCUACAUUAUCCAAAUAACGAGCUCUCACAUCUGGUUUCUGUGAGAAUGCUUAUGCUUUAUAAAGUCCACGUAACCCAAAGGAUGGAUUUGCCUUGAGAUACUUCACAUUUAAAGUUAACAACAGCGGAUUUAUUAUCACAAAGUGUCAGAAUAUGCCAAUUUUGCUAUUUGCUGGUAACAAGUGAAUUUGAAUUGAUAAAAAUUGAGGAAAAAAUGGCUGAAGCUCUUCAUAUCCCUAAAACUAUUUUAGGGUAUGAAGAAGAUCCAGCAUUAAAAAUUCAGUUGCAAUUUUUGCCAAAAAAACUAGUCCAGUGAAGAGUCCUGCUACAUCCUAUUAGGCUUUUUGAUAUAAAAACAGUUAAAAGUUCGAAUGAUAUCAGACUAAGCUUGAAUUUUGCAGGGAAUAUCACAAGUUAUCCACUUAAUUGAAAAAUUGAAGAAUAUUAUGGACAAAAAUGCAUCAAUUUAGAAUUCACAAGGGUUCAUUAUUUAUUUUUGCCUGAAGAUAAAAACCUAAAAGAAUUUUUAGCCUCAAAUAGCUUACUCCCCCCCCCCUCCGUGAGCGAACAAAACCAUUAGAAAAAUCCCUAUUUUUUGGUCAAAAACCCACCCUCCGUGAGCGAACAAAAAAUUUUUUUACAUAUAAUUUUAUAUAUAGUUUAUUAUAUCUAUAUUUAAUACAAAUAAAGAGGAUAAUAUUGAAAAAUAAUUAUUAAGUUUGUUUGAUAUAUUAUUCAAAGGGUUAAAAAAAAGAAUACCAUAAGUGAAAAGGUUGAAUUUAACAAUUUUAAAUUUAAGACAAAAAAAUGAAUAGAAGAAAUCGAUUAGAUAAUUAACUUCUUCAUAUUAACUUGAUGGCUGAAAAUCUUUGGAUGAUUAACGCCAUAAGAACCCGUCAACUCAAAUGAUUUUCUGACAAGUUGAGGGCUUACAGCAUCUCACGCCUUUGAAGCAAUGUUUAUCAGUUGCUGGCGAUCAAGAGCUUUGAGGUUUCCAGUUCUUUUCGAUCUUCUUUCAAUCUGCUCUGUUUGGAAUUUGAUUCUGAAAUCUGUUGUUUUUGAUUUGAAAUUUGCAAUUACCAGUGCGUCAAGUGGUUGCAAAUACUACUUUGUGCACCCUCCAGGGAUCACAAUUUUGGUUGCAUCUAAAUCUGAAAUUGCAUUAGAAAUCAUGAUAGUUUUAUGACUUCCAGCCUGAUCAUAAAUCAGCAGUUGGUUUUCUCGUCUCAAUAUUGUUCUGAGGUAGUCAUUAAGAAUCUGGUCAGAAAUGUAGCCAGAUUUAUUUGAUUUUAUGAUGACAUUUUCUGGAAUAUUCAGUCUUUCUCUUACAAGGUUCGGGAUCUGGCCAUUUUUCUCUUGAAAAAUGAGCAAAGCAGGCAUUUUUUCUCCAUCAGCUCUAAUCAUAAGCAUAACAGUGAUAAAAUGGUUCAUUUUAGCUGAUUGAACGCCUAGAAUUCGUUGAGUUCCCUUGAAAUCAUAAGUGAACUUGCUUUUUACAUCUCAAUCAAAUCUCGUUUCAUCGAAAUUGUAAAUGUUAGAUGGAACGAAUUGAGGAAGCAAUGACGCUAAAUCAUCUAGGUAUUGCCUGACAAGUUCUGCCUCUUUUUCGAUUGGCUUAAUGCUUGAGGCAUUGAUUUUUUCUGAAAGAUAAAUUAUUUCUGGUCCUAAAUCCUUGCCACCAUUUAUCUCCACAGCCGAAUCGCGCCAAUCCCAUUUCUGCCGCCAAACUUUUUGCUUUCUCCUCAAUCGUUGAUCUGAGAACCUGAAUACCUUGCUCACGGAUUGCAGUAAACCAAUGAACUAGUUUCUUUCUCUAGCUCUGGAAAUUGAGUGAAGCUUUCUAAUUUUAAUUUUUUAUCAGAUUUUACUGAUUUCUUCAACUCAUCAAGCUUAUUCACCCAUUCGGAAAUCGAGCUAAAGGAGUUGACAUGAAACUUUGCAGCAACAUCUCUCAUGCUCAUCUCAUUUUGGUGUUGAAUGUAAAAUUCAGCAAUUUCAACUUUCUGCCAAAUUUCAAUGUACUUUCUUUUCCCUUUGUACAUUUUUUAUUAUGAUUUAUAGAGAGAAUUUGCUUAUUAUAUUAAAUAAGAAAAUAUAUAAAAUAUUUUAACUGAAUGCAUAUAUUUAUUACUAAUAGGUUUAUUGAUUAUUAAAUUAUUGAAAAAUUAAGCUGUGUUUUACCUUUAAUCAAAUGGUAUUCUUUUUUUUUUUGGGAAAUUCCCUUACUCUCCCCCCAUAAUAUUUUUAAAUAAUUUUCAACUUAUAAAAAAAUAUUAUUUUACAAUUAAAAAAUUUAUAUAUAAUUUUUUUUAAAAAAUAAAAAAUUAACCCCCCUCCGUGAGCGAACAAAAAUUUUUUGUUCGCUCACGGAGGGGGGGGGGGAGUUAGAAGUUGUAAUCCAUAUUGGCGAAUUUAUUUUCGCACAUAGCAAAGGUAAUAUUUUUGGAGAAAUGCCUAUUAAUUUGCCUAUAGACACUGCAAUGUAUCAGCAAAAUCAAAUAAUCUUAUUUAACCACUCAAAUCACCCCACAUUUAACCUAGCAUUAAUUGUAGGUUUCAGCUGUGACAAAAUAAUUUCAAGUAAAAAAAUCAAGGUAAAAUUGGCAAAACAUCAAAAUAUUUAUAUUCCUGUAGACAGCUUUAUAACGGCAGAUCCAUUGCCCAAAGAAUGGAUGGAGCUGUAUGGAGACGAAAAAAUUAGUGAUCACUCAUUGUAUUCUGGCCAGUUAGCAGACGAAGUACUUUAUACUCCACAUUUGAGUAAAGAAGAUUUAAGGAAAAUGGAAGACAUUGCUGGCUCUUAUAAUUCUCAUGUAAAAAUGAUGAGAAUUUCGAGCGCUAAAAGCUUUGGUAGUUUGCAUGAAAAUUCUCACAAAAAGAUGGUGAUUGAAGAAAAAGCCGAAAAGCGGUCAAUUAAAGAAAUUAAAAAGAAAAAAACGAAAAAAAUUACAUCGUUGAAAUUGUAUAUUCCUGAAGACAUUUUAGAAGAAAAAUAUUAUAGAGAAGCUAAUGGAAUUGCGACUUCAAAGCCACUGAAUCCAGAAACGAGAGAAAUAAUAGAAAAGGCGCCAUUGUACCCUGAUAGUAAAAGAAAGAUUAUUGACCAAAAUUCAAACCAAAUAGUUCUCUCUACAAGAAGCUCCAGGAGAUCAAGAGAUUCCACAAAUUAUGAAUCGUCAGGGUAUUCACUAUCAUCUACAAGAAAUUCAAGAAUUGCUAUUGCUAUUUAUAUUGAUUUAAAUAAAAAAUAAUUAAUUUUUAUUUUCUAUAUUUUUAACUGGGAAAGUAUAGGGCUGGAAAAACAAAAAUUUUUAAUCAGCCAAUAUUCAGGGUCAUUUAGUGAAAUAAAUAAUCCUGAAAGACAAGGAAAGCCAAAAAGCUCGAUUUUACAGCCCAAAAUGAGUUUACCACUGAAAAAAGAGAAGCAUGAUACCUCAAAAGAGUCUAUUAACUUAGAUUAUGUAAAAGAAAUUCAAGAAGGCGCUGAUGUUGAUAAAGAGAUUAUAGAAGGCAUUGAAACUAUAGUUAGUACUUAAUCUCUACGCCAUUAAUGAGCAAAUUCCUUCUGAUUGGUUGAAUGUUUUCGCAAAAAUUUAAAAUAGUAAAUUUAAAUUAAUAGAUCGAAAUAUGCUUUAUUUCAAGAUUUUUAAUUAAUUUGUCCAAAUGCAUUAUUUUGAUUAUUUACAGCCAAUAAUAAGCAAAUUUCGAUAUAUUCAUAUAAACUUACUAUAUUAAAAUUUUGUGUGCUUAAACUCCUAACGAAAUAAGCAAGAAUUUGUUUAUUGUUGAGGGAGAGCUAG